AUGAGGACACAAUUAACUUCCACAUCAGUGGUUUCCAUCGUGUUUCGCUGUAGUGUGCUUGCUGCAGUGCUGUGCACAUCAUUGGUCGCCCAGGCGUAUAGUGUACGCUACACUUAUGUUACUUCCCCUACACCAGUAAGCGCCCGGUUCAGCGGCUACUGCCCAGAGCGAAGCGGAGGCCACACCAUGAUGCCCAUGACGGGGAGUUUCCAAACAUUGGCACAAGGUAUCAUUGUACAGGGUAAAUUUGCAGAUGCUCCCAUUGGCGGGAUUAAUCCGGCCACUUCAUGCACGACUGAGAGGUGUCCGUGGAUCUUCCACACCGGGCUUAUGAACGGAACCCCAGUUGAGAAAUCCGUGUUUUUGUACGGUACUGUCUAUAAAGGGGUUGACCACACCGAAGCCGUUCCUGGCAUGUAUCAUAACUUCCAAAAAGGGGUCCAACCUGUUGCUUUUUUUCGACGCCAAGACAAUGUUAUCCCGAAAAUGUUGAAAGAUGGAUUUUGGAUGAAUGAGUUGCGAGAUCACCUAUACACAACGUGGGUAUGUGAGUACUAUGAGUUUACUGCUUUUAAACAGGAAACAGCACCUGCAACGGGUGGGACCACUGAUCCUGCUGUGGAAGAAUCCAGCAGUUUUCCAUGGUGGGCUGCACUUAUCAUUACUAUUGUUCUUGUUAUCAUUGUAAUUAUCAUUCUUAUUAUGUGUUGCUGCUAUUGCAAGAGGCGCCAAGUGAAGAGAAAAGAGAAGAAGAUUUUGGAGGAUGCGAGAAAGGAAGAAAAUGCCGCUAAGCUUCCUGCACAAUCACAGCUGGGCAUGGGUCGCUCUACUAGUAUCGGGUUCCGUGGAAAUGACGGUGGUGACUUUCAGGGCAGUGGGGCUACUGGUGUUGGACAGAAUGGCAGUGUUUAUAAUAACAACAAUUAUGUUGAGAAUGAUGCUAUUGACGGUGGGAAUCCCCUUGGGGGUCAGUUCCCUGCCCAAGAUUAUCAAUACAACAACAACAACCAGGGUGGAUAUCCUCCUGGUGGCUAUGUUCCUCAGGGUGGAUAUCCUGCAAACUAUGGGUACCCUCCUCAAGCUGGCUACUAG